UGCGAGGCACGCGGGAGGCGGGAGACGCUGGGCCGGGAGCUGGGACCGCCGCCUGAGGCCGGUUGAUUUGCGGGUUCGCCUCCUAACGCCAGAGCCUGAGGCGUGCGAGUUCGCCUCUCAGCACCGGAGCGAGCGCCGUUCCCCGCCUGGAGCCGGCUGGUGCUGCGGGGCGCAGGUCACUCCUCUCAAAUGCUGCUCUACUACCGGAGCUGGCCUCCUCGGGAUAAUGAGAAGCCACCUCACUUCCCCUGGCCGUCCUAACAGCUGUGAGUCUUGGUUUGGGAGCGAGGAGGGGUUGGAAGAGGGCUUGGCACCGGCAGGGAGACUCUCACUCAGGUGAAAACAGAAGAAUGAAUGCAUAAAUGAAAGAAAGGCCCAGACAAAUGAAUGAGGUCCAUUGGAUUUAAGUUGUGAAUUCUCGCUGGACACCAGGAAAUGUGGACAUGCUGGUUGGGAGAUAAGAAGACUGCAGCCAAAAGAAGGACCAUGGCUUUGGAAGGUGGAGUCCAGGCUGAGGAGCCUCUCUGGAUGUAGGAAGCGCAGUCGGGCAGCCAUGGAGUGGGACAAUGGUACAGGCCAGGCCCUGGGCUCCGCGCCCACCACCUGUGUCUACCAAGAGAACUUCAAGAGACUGCUCCUGCCACCUGUGUACUCAGUGGUGCUGGCGGCUGGCCUGCCCCUGAAUGCCUGUGUCAUUGCCCAGAUCUGCACCUCCCGCCGGGCUCUGACCCGCACAGCCGUGUACACCCUGAACUUGGCCCUGGCUGACCUGCUGUAUGCCUGCUCCCUGCCCCUGCUCAUCUACAACUACGCCCAGGGGGACCACUGGCCCUUUGGCGACCUUGCCUGUCGCCUGGUCCGCUUCCUCUUUUAUGCCAACCUCCAUGGCAGCAUACUCUUCCUCACCUGCAUCAGUUUCCAGCGCUACCUGGGCAUCUGCUACCCGCUGGCCCCCUGGCACAAGCGUGGGGGCCGCCGCGCGGCCUGGCUGGUGUGCGGGGCCGUGUGGCUGGCCGUGACAACCCAGUGCCUGCCCACAGCCCUCUUCGUCGCCACUGGCAUCCAGCGUAACCGCACCGUCUGCUACGACUUGAGCCCACCGGCCCUGGCCGCCCGCUAUAUGCCCUAUGGCAUGGCCCUCACCGUCAUUGGCUUCCUGCUGCCCUUCAUCGCCCUGCUGGCCUGCUACUGCUGCCUGGCCCGCCGUCUGUGCCGCCAGGACGGACCAGUGGGGCCAGUGGCCCGGGAACGGCGCGGCAAGGCAGCCCGCAUGGCCCUGGUGGUGGCAGCUGCCUUUGCCAUUAGCUUCCUGCCCUUCCACAUCACCAAGACCGCCUACCUGGCAGUGCGCUCCACAGCUGGUGUCCCCUGCCCCGUGCUGGAGGCCUUUGCCGCUGCCUACAAGGGCACGCGGCCCUUUGCCAGCGCCAACAGCGUGCUGGACCCCAUCCUCUUCUACUUCACUCAGAAGAAGUUCCGCCGGCGGCCACAGGAGCUGCUCCAGAAACUCACAGCCACGUGGCAGCGACAGGGUCACUGAGUCCGCUGGGGCAGGACACCUGGGGCCUGGGCACCAGAAGCCCCUCCAACCCCAAACCAGGCAGAGAAUUAGAGCUUAGCUCAGCUGGGCAUGGAGUGAGGUCCCCCACAGACUCCAGAAUCUCACCGAUGACUAUUCCUUGAGCCCAUGCUCUGGACCUGUGGGCGCAGAGAGACAGGCUUGAACCUGGCCUUCCAGAAGGUGCCAGUCAGCCCCCCGGGGAGUCAGGGAAGCUGCCAGAAGCUGUUCGCAAAAAUACGGCAUGGCACGUACUGUAAUUGAGGAGUGUGCUGGAUGCUUUGGAGUCAGCAGUAUAGGGACUGAGGGAAGAUGGGAGGAGGAGGUGAGAAGUUCUGGAAAGGAGUGUUCUAGCUGGACUUUGAUGGGUUGAGUAUGAGCUCUCUGGAGGUGUGUGAUGGUCCCUUCAUUCAGUGCACCUUUACCUACACCUUGUCCUUGGGCCUGGGUUGAUUCAGGGGCACUGGGAGAACCAGUCCUAGCCCUGCCCCAUAUAGGCUCCCAACUACUGGGCUUACAGACACUUGACACAAUGAUGUCAAGGCUGGGACAGAUAAAUAGAGAAUGUCCAUGAUCCAGUCCAAGGAGUCAGGAAAGAUCUCUUGGGAUGGGAUGGGGUGGGGGGGCAUCUGAACCAGAUGUUGAAGACUGAGUAGGAGGUCAGCCAAUAGAAGUGGGAGCAUGUUCCCACAACUCUAGGCUAGACUCUGCCCUGGGGUAGAGGGGUAGAGAGAGCUGGGGUGGGGGGCAGGCAUAUGGCCUCCUGUGUGUGAAAACUGGGGAAAUGAGAGCUGUCCCUUGGCCACCCUCCAUAUAAGGGCAAGCGUGGCCUCAAAUGUUUCAGCCUGUGGGGACUCGGCAGAGGAAGGAAUCAGAGCACGUCUUCAGAGAGGUGGAGCUUGAGCUGGGGAGGAAUCCAAAAUGUAGAGAGAGGCAGGCUGCUCCUGAUGGAAGGCACUGUGUGUCUAUAAAACCCCAGAGGUGGAGAUGUGCCGACUCUGGCCCUGAACAGUGAGUUUCCGUUAAGCCAGGAGGGGGCGGUGUGGGCAGAACCAGAGCACUGAAUGCCAGGAAGAGCCCCAGACUCUAUCUCUUCUCCACCUACCUCUUCAAAUGUGCCUCUUUCAGCCUCGGGGGAGCCUGGGUGCCUGAGAACCCCUCCACCAGGCCUCCCAAGUAAGAGGAAAUACCCCUUCAACAGUGCUUCAUUCUAGCUUGAAGAGGUGCAGGGCCACCAGGAGGCUGCAACAUAGAGGUGCAGAGGUCCUGUGGCCAGGAGCCUGCCAACCAAUCUCAAGAUAGCCUGUUCCGUGUGUUCUGCUCCUGCCCUCCCGGCUCCAUCAUUCUGGCCUGUGGGUGCCUGAGAGCCACUGGAGGCCAUCUCAUGGAGGCAUCUCAAACACACCUGAGCCUUCGAAAGCUUUGGAAAGGCAUCUUCACUGAAGAUCUCUGAGGGAUUCCACCACAUAAGAACUCUUUACCUGCUCUUCCCACCCACGCCUCCUUUUAGCCCUUAUUAUAGAGCUCCUUAUUUUCUCUGCUCCUUUUCCUCUCUAUCUCCACCACCCUGCCCACCCCAUCCCCCACUUCACUUCUCCUCAGGUCCCUGUUCCCUCCUCCCAGAGCUCAGCUUUCCUCCUGUAGAACAAUCUAGCCUUCCCUUGGCUGCUGGUAUACCACUCAGACCCUGUACACAAACCAGCCGUGACCAAGAGCCUCCCUUCUCAGAAAGUGGAGGGGUGAGGGCAGGGCAGAGGGACAGGGCAGGGAAGGGAAGGACUGUGUAACUUAGUAUUUUUCUUUUAGCCCUCUCAUCUCCAGGGCUGUUGGGCAAUGGGGCCCUUCAGAGAAGGACUCUGCCGGAGUUAAACUCCAUAGUCAUGCUGGAGACGUGCUUGCAGCUGGCUGAGGAAGGGGGAAAACCAGGCCCAGCCCAUCUUGGAAAUCCAUCAAAAGUGCCCCGAUAAUUUGGACAGAAGGAACUCUUUGGGUUACAGCAGAAAGACGUGAGGCAAUGUCAGAAGAGGUCUGUUCCCUCUACAAUGCAAUGUCAUGCCAAGCACUACAGAUCCUAAUUACUUUGCAUCUUGUUCCGAGUCAGCUGCCAGUCCCGGGCAAGUAGGGGAAUGGGCGACCAGAAGGCAGAGGACCUCUGCCCACAGUGCCGGCUGAGCCCUGUGGGGACUCCCAGGUGACCGUGCAGCAGACUGCCAAGAACUGUGACGCUCUGGUUACUUUUCCAAGAAUGGAAAUGGUGGGCCGCAGGUGAAUCCCAUUCCCAGCUUCCCUUUGAGAGCCAGAAUCGCAUAAAGGGUAGGGAUUCCAGAGCCAGGUCCCCUUGGUGUUUAUCUUGGCCCGACCACUCAGCAGCUGUCUUACUCUGUGCCAGUUCUUUAGCCUCCUUGUGCCUUAACUUCCCCAGCUGUAAAAUGGAAAUAGUAACGAUAUCUAUCUUGUAAAAUGGUUGUGAAGAUUAAUACGUGCAAAGCACUUAGAAUAAUAUCCGGAACAGAAUAAGCGUGCAAUGCCUGGUACUAUUAUAAUGAACUUGCCUAUUGUACGCACAAGUUCCUUUAGCAUCUCUCUCUAGGAACUGGCCUGGGAGGUUUCUAAACAAGAGGCUAAGAGCAGAGGAUUUCUCCUUGCCUUCACCUGGAAGGCAGCUGGUCUUCUAAGAAAAAAACUCAGCACACUUUUGUCAGAACAAGGGCCAUAAUCCAUGAGCCCCAUCUGUUCCUGCGAGAAGGAAAAGUCAUUUAUUACAUGAGAGUACAAGGAAUUCCAGGUGCCAUUCGGGGAGCCUGAAUUGCCCCCUUCCUUUUCCCUCCUUUUGUCCCCACACCCCUACUCUCUUCACUUUAACCCAGAGCACACUCCGUGAUGGGGGAUCAUAAUGGAGAGGUCUGCUUGCUGGGGUGGAGGGGACAGAGACAAGGUGUGGGGAUAGAGCAUGGUGAGGGGUCUGGGGAGCACAUGGGUUCACAGGGGUCCAGGGUGAUUCUCAGGGCUUGGGGAAGACUUCCUGGGAGGUAGAGUCGUGCCACUGGGGCUUGAAGGAUGGCUGUAAUUAGACUGAAGACGAGAGGGCCAGGUUGUUCCUGGUGCAGGGAACAGCACAGCCCAAGGCAUGGAGGCUGUUGGAGGAUGGUUAGGAAGGGUUGUGGCAUGAGAUUGGGCUUAACAGCUGUCCUGGCUAGAGAGUCAAAAGCUUGGUGCCAGCCCAGGGAAGCACCGGGAAGUCACAACAAUGACAGCAGUGGCCAUUCAGCUGGGCUCUGCAAGUUCUAGGCACUGUGCAGUGUGCUGUAUACACAUUUUCUCAUUUAAUCCUUACAUUACCUCCAAUUACAGAUGGGGAAACUGAGGCCCAGUUGUGGGAAUCAACAUGUCAAGGUCACACAGUCUUUUUCUAAACCAGAUACUAGGAUGCCCCCCUCCAGCUCUUCCAUACUCCCUCCCUUCCCUUUCCUUUCUUCAGUUGCCUUCCAAGUGUCCACCUGCCUCAGCCAGUCCUAGUAACGGGACCGCCUAGGAAGUUGUGACAGAGAUAGCUAAGUGCCAACUGCAACUCUCUUUUAAUUGGGCACCUGUCCUCCUAGGAUGAAAACUUCAUUUCCCAUCCUUACCUGUAGCUAAGUAUGACCAGGUACCUUAAUCCUGGGCAAUUGGAGAUAAGCAAAGUACCUUAAGGCAAUUUAAUAUGGGGAGGGGGUGAAUGUCUGUAAAAGAGUGGUAGUAUCUGUCUGUCCUUUGCCUCCCCUCCCUUCUCACUGCUUACAAAGAGGACAUCACAACUGGAGCACCAUCUUGGACCAUGAGAAACAGCUUGGGUUUCUGACCAUUCUGGUUUGGGACCACCUAAAUUGGGACUUUUGCACAAGAAAGAAAUAAAUGUCUGUCUUUUCUAAGCCACUAGCUUUCCGGGCUGUUGUUACCCACAGCCAGAUGAAUCCCUUUAUUCGGGUUCUAUGCUGAAAUGAGGACCUAGGGGGAGGCCAGGCAGUGUCCUGGACUGGGGUGGGGGCCAGUGUCUUGCCUGGUGACAAACUAGGAGUCAACAGGGUCUGGGGAUACCCAAGAAGGCUUAGAAAAGUUGCUGCAAAACUUGGGGAAUGGUCGUGCUGCGUUUGGCUGGAGGCUUAAGGGGUGGAUGGGUUUCCUGAGGGAGAGACUAAGAAGGAAGGGCCUGGAGAACCCUGGGAAUUCCAUUAAGGGGGUGGGGAGGAUGGGGAGCCAGAGAUACGGCCUGGGGUUUUCAGAGUGGUGGUGGAAGGGGAGGUGGGUGAGGAGAGGAAGUGGAGGUGAUGGGUGGGGAAGAAAAGAGAGAAGAAGUUUCCCAGGGAGGCCCCGUCCAGGGAAGGCAAUUCUAUGACAGGAGACCUGUGAGUGUUGGCUGUUGUGAGUUGAGGACAGGGGCAGGGCAAAAGAUGGAGGAGAGAGAGAGUCAGGAACCAGGGUCUGUCCUUUUGGAAAAGCCCAGGGGCGCUGGAUCUGUCCUAGCAACAGAAGCAGCUUUCUCCUCCCUCCCUCAUUCAUUUGUUCCCCACACAUUCUCUCUGCUCCUCCAAGAUGGCAAUGGGAACACAGAGGCAGCUCAGACCCAGACCCUACCCUCAGAAAGAAUCUGGGGGUGAGGGUGGGGGUACAGACAAGGAAGCAGUUCAGCCACUAGACAACAUUUAUUGAACAUUGAACACCUACCAUGUGCCAGGCAUCAUGCUGAACAGUGGGUCCCUGCCCCUCAAGGAGUUCCUAGUCUGAUGGAGGAGAACGGCAGUAAUGAAAUAAACAGAAACCUGGAUCAUUACAGCUAGGGGAAGAGAGCUCAGAAGAACAUAAAGAGGGGUAGGGGGCGGGGCGCCUGGGUGGCUCAGUUGGCCAGCUGCCUUUGGCUCUGGUAGUGAUAUCAGAAGCCCCACCUCCGGCUCUGCAGGGAGCCUGUUUCCUCCCUCGGCCUGCCUCUCCCCCCAGCCUAUGAAUAUGCUCUCCCCGCCUCUCUCUCAAAUAAGUAAAU